AUGGAUUUGAUAAAUUUUUUACACUUCACACUCCUUUUUGUACUUUUAUUGCCAAUCUACAAUGGAGAGUUCUCUCAUGCCACUAACUCGUCCUCGCGGAAACACCGUCGUCAUAAACGCCUAUCCCAUGGCGUUUUUGAUGAAAAAUCCCUCGGCCUGGCCAGAUCUAUGGUUUCCAUAAGAACAAGAACUGCCCGGGCAUAUUACGGCGAUAAUCAUUUCUGCGCUGGAGCCAUUAUAGCCCCAACCUUCGUUCUCAGCUCGGCUCACUGUGUCAUUACGAAACGUAGACUCUUCCUGCCCAGAAGAAUGCUGCUAAUUGUAGCCGGAACACCGAAUAGGCUUAAAUAUAUGGAAAGAAGGUCCUUUCAUACUCCGGUGACUCGAAUAAUUGCGCCAGAUAACUUUACGAUCUACAAUACCAAUGAUAUCGUAUUACUGCAGACGAAAAUUCGGUUUCCCAGGUCAAAUUUUUUCAUUAAUAUUAUUGAUUUGCCCUUGAAUCCUCCUCAAAUAGGAGAGCUCUACGAUCUAUGUGGUUGGGGACGAUUAUAUCGGGGCGGUCCUCUCACCUCGAACAUUGUUCACAUAAGAAUGCCUUUGAUAUCCUCUGAAGUCUGCCAGAAAAUUCUCCAUGUCACCAAAACGGAUAUGCUCUGCACCUUUGAUGAGAAUGCCCACUCCGCCAUUUCGGCCUGCUUCGGUGAUCUCGGGAGUCCCCUUGUAAGAAACCGUACAGUCUUUGGAAUCGUGAGCAGCACUGUGGGAUGCAGUAUCCACAACAUGCCCUGCAUCUUCACGGAUGUCUACCAGAACGUGGAUUGGAUCCUGCGUAAUAUGGUAAUUAAAAAGAGCGGGGCGACUACCCACGUAUUUGAAUCAACAACGCUCCUAUUGGUUUUACAAAUUUUCUAUAAAUUUUAUUGUGACUUUGAUUAAUAAAUUAGAGAAAAUCUGUGUGACUCGA